GCGGAGAAAAAAUACAACUUCAUCGAGGGUGUCUUGUUUGGAUUAUCACGCUAACGCUUUUAGUCUAUUCGUCCGCGUUGAGCAAAGCGCAUUCACCUUUUUUCUCCUCUCGUUUAUUUAUAAUGUUUCGGAACUUAAACACAAAUAUGUGAAUAAAUUAUUGUUUUAAAGUUAACCGUUUAUUCAUUAAUUGAAAAUAAGGACAUAAUACUUCCUUGUUAUAUAUAUGCAGUAAUCACUGAAGACAAAAUGAACACAGUUGACCUUCUUUAACUGAUACAACAGUAUCUUCAGAGUUCGAUAUUCCAUGACAUAUGCCAAAAUUCAAUGCAAAGUCCUGCAGAUAUUUAUGUUGAUUAUUAAUUAAGACAACCAUAACGACUACAACACAAACAUCGAUUUCUAAAUAAGUCUGGCAAUUUUGAUCGAUUGAAAAAAACUGACGAUUGUUUUUUCACUUUUCACUUAAAAGCAUACAAAUAAAAUUAACAAAUUCUAGUGGUGAUUUAUAAAUUUAUAAUGGUGGAAAAACUUCACGAGUACCAAGGUCCAAUUGGUAUUUUACAUACCUGGAGAGAUUCGUUAAAAGAUAAAUGGGGAGAAUGGAAAGAAAAACGCCCUCGAACACUUUUGGAGCUCUUACAGUCAUUUGGUCUGGCUGAACGUCCAGAAAACCAAAAAGAAGGCGAAAGUCCACCUGAAAUUGAUAUGGAACAGUAUUCUCAUAUAUUUAGAAAAAAGACUAGACGUGAACUAGUACGCAUAUCCGCUGCCGUGAUGGGAAUUGAAUUUUCGUAUGCAGCAGAAACAGCAUUUGUAUCUCCAACACUAUUGAACAUUGGAGUAGACCAUCAACAUAUGACUCUUGUAUGGGCUGUAUCUCCUUGCAUUGGAUUUUUCGUUACUCCCAUAUUAGGAUCUUUAAGUGACAGAUGCACACUUCCGUUGGGCCGACGUAGACCAUUUCUCAUAAUGCUAGCUUGUGGAGUAUUUUUAGGUCUAAUAUUGGUACCAAAUGGAAAAUUAUUGGGACGUUGGGUGGAAGGAGAUCCGACAUCAGGAAACAAUUUCUGGGCAAUAUUUUUUACGGUACUAGGUACAGUACUGUUAGAUUUCGAUGCAGACGCUUGUCAAAGCCCAGCGAGAGCUUAUCUUUUAGAUAUUUGUGUCCCAGAGGACCAUGCCAAAGGUCUAAGCACAUUCACGAUAAUGGCCGGUCUGGGAGGAUGUAUCGGUUAUCUUUUAGGUGGAAUUGAUUGGGACUCAUUAAAAUUUGGAGAAUUGAUGGGAGGUCACGUAAGAGCAGUAUUCACAUUAGUGACUUUUCUUUUUAUUGGUUGCGUUACUUAUACUGUAAGUAGUUUUAAAGAGAUGCCAUUAAAAAUACUACAGUCAAAUCAAACAAGAAUACUGAUCACUGGAGCUGAUGAAGAUAUCGAUGUAGAAAAUAAACUUACUGAAUACGCUCCAAAGUCAUAUGGAACUUUAAAAGACACUGUUGAUGAAAUUGAAGUAGAGAAUAACGAACCACGUCUUAUACCCGAACACGCGACGUUUGCCCACUACUUGAAAACCAUAGUCGUUAUGCCAAAAUCUAUUAAGUUAUUGUGUCUAACAAAUUUGUUCUGUUGGAUGGCUCACGUUUGCUAUUCGUUAUACUUUACGGAUUAUGUGGGUGAAGCUGUAUUCGGAGGAGAUCCCACGGCUUUGAUAGGAAGCGAAAAGAAAAUACUCUACGAACAAGGCGUGCGAUUUGGAUCGAUCGGUAUGGCAAUGUACUCGUUGUCGUGUGCUUGUUAUUCGAGUGUAAUCGAAAGACUCAUAAAACGAUUAGGGGCCAAACGAGUGUACGUGGGAGGUUUGCUGUUUUAUUCUACUGGUAUGUUUUUAAUGGCAGUCACACGGCACAAGUUUAGCGUUAUAUUCUUCUCCUGGGCGGCCGGUGUCAUGUACUCUACAAUGUUCACAAUGCCGUAUUUGCUUAUCGCCCAUUAUCACUCGACCAACACGUUUGCUGACAGUGUCUGUGGUCAAGAACCUGCAGAUGAUCAAAUCAGAGGUUUGGGUACAGAUGUAGCCGUAGUCAGUUCCAUGGUAUUCGUAGCUCAGUUCAUUUUGUCCAUGUGUAUGGGAACAAUUGUCAGUAUAUCCGGAACGACUUCGGCUGUCGUUUACACUGCAUCAUUUUUAGCGUUUUGUGCUUCGAUAGUCGCUUCGCAAAUCGUAUACUUAGAUCUGUAAAAGCGAGAACAUCAGAAUCACAUAAAAAAUAUUUUAACAAAUUCGAUUUAAAACCAAUAUUUUUGUCACUCGUCACUUCAUAUUUUGCUUCAAUAAAAUAUAACCAUAUAAUAUUAUCCACAAAAUAA